ACACCGCCCAACAACAAAAAUGUCAGGAAAUUUCCACCGGGUCCUCCCCCUCUUUCGGUAAUCGGUAACCUCCAUAUCCUAGGAAAACUUCCACACCAUAGUCUUCACGUUCUCGCCAAAAAAUAUGGAACCAUAAUGUCAAUAAAACUAGGCUAUAUGCCAACAAUUGUGGUAUCAUCACCCGAAGCAGCUGAACUAUUCCUCAAGGUCCAUGACGUCAUUUUUGCCGGUAUGCCGAAAGUCCAAUCCGUGGAUUACUUGACACGCGGUGCCAAGGGCUUGGCUUUUACCCAGUACGGUUUCUACUGGCGAACGGUAAGAAAGUGGUGUAUAUUGCAUCUACUUAGUGCUUCGAAAGUCGAAUGCUUCGCUCAUGUCAGGAAGGCGGAGAUGGUGUCGUUAGUCGAAUCGGUGAGGAAGACCGCGGCGGAGGGUAAAACAUUGAACCUCAGCCAGCAGGUGGGUAAGGUUGUUGAAGUGAUCAUGUCUAGAGUUAUUUUUGGACGGUGUAUGGAUGACAAUAUCGAAUUUAAGCCAUUAAUUGAAGAGACCGUGCACUUGGCUGGGGUUUUCAACCUGUCGGAUUACGUGCCCUUUCUUGCUCCAUUUGAUCUUCAGGAAAUAAAAAGAAGGUCUAAGAGGACAAGUAAUGGUCUUCACGCAAUUUUCGACAAACUAAUCGAUGAACAUGAACAAGGAUCGACAAAUACCGAGGAGCGAAAUUCUUAUACAGAUUUCUUUCAUGUGAUGGUUUCGUUGUUGAACAAGCCGAUGAACCCUACCGACAAGGAGCAAUACAUCAUCGGUAGAGAAAACAUCAAGGCUAUACUGGUGGAAAUGGUGGCAGCUUCGUUCGACACCACAACUACAGCCAUCGAGUGGACACUUUCGGAACUUCUAAGGCAUCCUCGAGUGAUGGCUGAUCUCCAGCAAGAGUUGGAAACCGUUGUCGGAAGAAAUCGAAUGGUCGAAGAGUCGGAUAUACCUAAACUUACUUACUUGCAUAUGGUCGUCAAAGAGAGUUUCAGGUUGCAUCCGUGA